CACCCCCCUCCCCUCUCUGAUCGUCUCCCCUCCCGGCUGCCGCUGCGAUGUGGCCGGCUCUGCAGUGAUAGCGCCGGCUCGGCUGCUGGCUUCUCCUCGACUGAGCCGCGACCGCGCUCCACCGGCGUCCCGGCCGCGCUGACUCGGCGGCGGAGGCGUCCCGCCGGCGGGCGAGGGAGCAGCUGAUAACAGGGUCUCUGCGUGUGGGACGACUGUAGACUCAACCCUGGGACAUUUGAGACACAGGCAGCCUGAACCCAGCACACCGGUGGGGAAACUGUGCUCCCAGUCCAGAUCCAGGGCUGGAUCCUGCAGCACUGCUUGUUGUGGAGCACACCUGGCUGCCAUGGAGGUCCAGUGGGUUGUGGUCCAGCCCCCGAGGCCGGGGCCUCCCCACGCGGCUAUGGCCCUGACCCUCUCCAUACUGAUGGGUGUGUGGUGCACCCAGGCCCUGGAGAUGUCAGUGGGGAAGAUUCCCUUCCUGGAGGCCGUGAACGGCAGCACGGUCAUUCUCCCGUGCACGUACUCCAGCUGCAUCGGCAUCAAGAACCUCUACUUCAACUGGCAGUUCAACGACAACGGGACCAUGCAGAGGGUGUGCGAGUCGGUGAUCGCGUCGGAGGGCGUGGUGCCGGACGUCCACAUAUUCCGAGAGCGGGUGGAGUUCGUGGGGAAGAAUCGCGACAACAACAUCUCCAUCCUGCUGUCGAACAUCACCUUCGAGGACGGGGGCCAGUACACUUGUUUCGGGCGCAACCCGAAGGAGAAGGACCGGAACCACAGCGCCGUGUUUAACCUCAUCGUGGUGGACGAGCUGAGGGUGGUGGACAACACGCUGACCAUCAUCAUCGCGUCAGCCGUGGGUGGAGCCAUUGCGUUUCUAAUGGGCUUCAUGCUGCUGAAGAACCUCACGCUCUUCGUUCUGGCCAAGAUGGAGGAGAAGAAUAAGGAGUGCCUUGUAACCUCAUCAGGGAUCGACAACACAGAAAACGGGGUCCCAGGAUCCAAAGCUGACUCAAAGCCCACUCCCAAAAAGAAAUGAGCAAAUGCAUGUAGAGGAAAACACAGAAGUACUCAUCUAAACGAUCCCUCAUGAACAAACUGGACAUGAAAACUCUCUGGCUGUGGGAACACACAGUUAAACACUGACAACAUGACCAAAUGCGCAGGUGAUACGCAACUAAAGAAGGAGGAAACAUAUAUUCACAUCUGAAGCCAAAAAUGCUUCAGACUGAGUUAUUGAAAUGAUUGUCCCGUGUACAGUAUCAGUCUAUCAGUUAUUUAACCAAGACUGUAGUUCAGUUAACUCACAUUUUGUUGAAAUUUGACUUCUCAUUUCAAAUUAAAGGCUUCCAUAGACGUCUAGUAUAUGGUAAAUUUAGAAAGUUAAAGCCUGCGUACAUAAAGGGCAUCAACGAAAUGAGAGCCAUUCACAAUUACUUUUCUAACUGGUUUCUGUUCAUUUGUGUUCUCUGAACAUUUGAGUGGCGUGUACAGUGCAUGUGUGUUGGCUGCUCAUUAAAAGAACUAAACCGUUGUGUGUCGGUGCACUGUUGAAGGCACCGUGUGGCCUUCAGUGAAUCAAUGUGUGUCACCACAGCCAGAGCACUGUCCAUCGAAAUCUGAGUAUUUGACCAUUUUCCAUCUGAAGAUGCAGCAGACAUAUUUCCCUGUUUAGGUGCUUGCUGCCCGGAAUUUAAUGCAAUAUAGACAAAACUGGGCUGAAUCCUUCUUCUGUGAUAACAGUGUUUCAUCAACAUUGUUCAGAGGCAGAGAAUAUAAUUACAAAUGUGACAAAAUCACAGCUUUAAAAGUUGAAAUGUCUUUCCACAGAACAACUGAAUCAUAGGAUCCACUGUACACACUUAUACUAUGACAGUACACGGGCAGACAUCAUGGCAGGAUUCAGCCCAGUUCUUCAUCCUGAAACCUCCCUUUGCUUGAUAAGUGCUUCUGUGACAACACGUAACACAGCAAACAGCAGCAAUAGACCCAGCUUUUGAAUGAAACGAUAUACAAGCCCCCAAACGACCUCCUAUUGAAAUAACUGUCCUUUAACGACGCUGCUUUUACUACAAUAACCGACGCAGUCUAGGCAUGUGCAACAUGAGGUAGUGCUUGAAAACAGAACGCGUUCUGCUCCACUAACGUCUCGCCUCCGAAUCCCACCUGAUGCUGUGCAAACGUCAUUGCGCUGAGGCCGUGAGCCUUCGACUAACAGUAUGUGCCUCUUCACUGAAAUAGCUUUAUUCUCCGAAACACUGAUAAACAUUCAUUUGGUCAGUGUGUCAGUCUUUGCAAUAGAGUCAGGGGCUGCUGCACCUUGGGAGGGUCUCUGCCCUGCUGGUUGUCCAGCAUGGAUGCUGGUAAUGAGCAGCGGGCAGGGCAGUGACCCUUGAGCACCGGGGGUUGCCACCCUGCGGUGCAAAUCCCCAGUUUAAAUGGGCUCAGAGCUCAGGCUGUGCAGGAAGGUGUGAGUCGAGCAUGCGAUGCUGGCGAUGCUGAUGCUGAUGCUGAUGCGGCGCCAAUCUGUGAUUGUGUUUUUACACGGAGCAUCGGGGGACGGAGGUGCAUCAAACAGAAAAACCUACAUCUUUGCACUUUAAAGACGCUGAAUGUCGGGCUUUUUAAAAAAAUACCUCUGACCUCCAGCCUGACCCGGUCCUCACUCACACCCGUCCCACUCGUCAGUGCACCUCCCAGGUCUCGAGCUCAGUGUGAUGAGUGGCGAAAGUCUGUGUCGUGUUCAUAACAGGAUGACUGUUGAGAAAACGCGAUCCCGCUCUGGUUUCUGUCCAUCUGAUUGAACUACGAGAGGAGAUGGACCAGACAAACGAGGGGGGGGGGGGGUCAAAGACAGAUCUCUAAUGUGAUAAUUUGUGGAUUCAUGAGCGCUGUGUGUAAUAUUAUUUCUUGCUUGUGAGCAGUGAACUGAACAGGAUCGAAUGUGUUGUUAGUCAGAGUUACUGGAGUCGUGUUAUCAUACAGCACAGUUAUUGUCCUUGUCUCCAGCUUCUACUCUUAGACUUAGGGUGAUGUUAACGAGAUUGGUGAGUUUGGUGAUAUUAUGUGUGUGACUGAUGCAGGAAAUACUGUGGCGGCUGAAUUGUACGCGUGUCAACUGUUUCUCAUCUUUGAACCCACUUCCAGCAGGUCUGUAGAUUUUACAGUCAGAUAAUGUGAUCUUUAUUUUUAUGCUGUUUUGAGAAUGUAAGAGUUUGACAGAAUCACCAACAAGGUUUGAUCUGAUGGACUGACCACCUCUCUGACUCAGUGAGUAACUAAACAAAGCUUGAGGUUAAUGGCGGGACUGUGUCAGAAUGGGCCUUAUCAUGAUAAACAACUCUAUGCAAUUACUAGUAGUUUAACCUUUGACCUGUACUGUAACUGUUGUGUAAGCAAUACAAUGAUGAUGAUGAGAUGCAGAGUGAAUGAAGAGUGUCCUGAGAGAAGAGUGGGGGGGUUGUGUGGGGGCUUGGAACCCCUUCAUCAGCCCCCAUAUGGUCUCACCCAGUCGUACGCCACUACUGCACAUACUGUACUGCUACAUAUAAAAGGCCCCUGCUUUCUCUCUAACUCUGUCCUCGGCCUCUCAUCAAUGCAUAACAGCUUUUGAUCUAUUUAUUAUAGAAAUGUAAAAUCUAAUAAAGUUUUGAAUAAAAUCCA